AUGACGCUCAAAUCGGUCCUCAUCACGGGCUGUAGUGCAGGGGGCAUUGGUUUUGCCUUGGUCGAAGCGUUCCAGAAGCGCAAUCUUCAUGUCUUUGCAACCGCGCGCGAUCCAUCUAAGAUGUCACAACUAGACAAGAUACCCAAUGUGACGCUCCUCUCGCUUGAUCCUACUUCACCAGCCAGUGUACAGACCGCCGUUGAAACUGUGCGCGCUCAGACUGGGGGAACGCUCGACUACCUGGUGAACAAUGCCGGCCAGACGACCAUCAUGCCAACGUUGGACUUCGACAUUGAGACUGCAAAGGAGAUGUAUGACAUUAACGUCUGGGGCAUGGUCCGCGUCACGCAGGAAUUUGCGCCGCUGCUCGUAGCCGCCAAAGGUACCCUUGUGAGCAUAAGCUCUAUAUCUACCAGCGUGAUCACGCCUUGGAUGGGCGUCUACGCAGGGUCCAAGGCUGCCAUGACCGCAAUCACAGAGGCUCUUCGUCUUGAGCUGGCGCCUUUGGGCGUUGCGGUUGUGACGGUCAAUACUGGACUUGUCAAAACGAAUGGCCUUGCCAACGGCACCAACUUCAAACUUCCGCCUAAUUCGAUGUAUAAGAGUAUUGAAAAAGAUAUAGCGGGUCGAGCGAGGGGCGAGGACGGAACGCCACGGAUGGAGCCUUCGGUCUACGCCGAGAAAGUUGUGGCCGACAUUAUGGGAGGGGCCAGGGGGCAGAUUUGGAGAGGCGGAUAUGCUUCGAUAGUGCGCUUCGCAUUGUCUAAGCUCCCGGUGUUGGUAACUGAUUGGGUGUUCAUACAAAAGACUGGGUUGGACGUUAUGAAGACUUAG